UUAUCGCAGAUAUUGGAGCCACGCGGAUUCGCUGUCGUGAAGCUAGACGACGCUACGAGGAAUCCCAAAAUCAUUUGUAAAACGAGCCGUUAGCUUCUUCUAUCGCUCAUGCCAAUCACAUGUAACUCUCUUACCGGUGACAGAAGUUACACUGCAAUGGAUCGUACGAGUAUUGGAAAUUCAUUAGGGAGAAGUUUAUCGUCUCCACGAAAACGCAUGUCAAUCGUUCAGUCGAUGAAGAAAAACAAUUCUACAAUAAGCGUAUCAGGCCGAUCAAAUCAGUCAGUACAAAUAUUAUGUAAAACACUGAAUCAUGUUGUGGAAAGCUUUGGUUCUUCGUUACCCGUACUGGUUACAGAAGCAUUGACAUUUGUAGACAGAAAUACCACUGUCAGCGUUAACAUUUCAGUGGAUGGCUGGGCUUGGCUUGUAUGUGGCCGUAGACUGCUUGUUUGGCAGUGCAAAACUACCAUUCAUGAUCCAAAGCAAAGGAGGACCUUCAAAAGCCAAUGUAGAGAAUUGUUAUUACCUCAAAGUGAUUUAGCUCAUAAAGCAGAAUGCAUUGCUGUUUGGUUACCUGCAGGCCAUCAGGUACCUAGCUGUAUGGCAGUUUCUCCUGAAGGCAUAGUACGCUAUUGGGCCAGUGUUGCACAUGAGGGAUCUUCUGUAGAGACAAGCGCAGAGCUUGCCGGCCAAGAAGUCGGUUGCCUUACUUACAUACCUGGUCAUGGAUGUAUUUUAGUUACAACUACUUGUACAAUAGCAUUGUUACAACCACAGUUUGUUAGUGGCAAAAACAGUGUGACUUGUCAAGUUCUUAGAACAAGCCAAGGAUGGUUAGGAGGCAUAGGACGUAGAAUGACCUCUCUCAUUUUUGGUGCAAUACCUCAGUCUCCAGUUACAGAAACGAAAUUGGUUAAAGUUACUUGUACGCCUCUAGGGGACAGAGGGUCGAGAGUCCUUAUUUUAGCGGGCUCUUCCUUGCAAUAUUGGUCUUUCCCUCAGAAUGAACAAGAAAAAAUGGAGUUCGAUGAAGACAUCGGUCAUAUCAUUUCACAAACAUUUCAACGAAAAAUUUGGGAAUCGAGCCAAUGCAAUCCACAGAACAUAGAAACUUGGUUGAUUGAUAUGCAGCCUUGUAACGAAGGAAUAGUGUUUUUAAUGGCAGCUCAUGAUAGAGAUGCCUUGCCUUGUAUCGAAUUUGCGCUUGGUUUAAUACAGUUAUCGGGCACAAUGUUAGCUAAUACCUUUAAAUGGUUUAUACCAAUCAAAACUGAAGGUAUGACGAUGUAUCAUGACGAUAUUGAGUCAAAUUUAGUUUCUUAUCGUUUUAUAUUAUGUGGAUGGGAAGCCAUCAUAUACAAUCAGUCUGAAGUAUACGUUGUUAAUUGUAUAUCAGAGCAUGAGCAAGAUAAAUUUGAUUUGGUGCGAGGGGAGGACAGUAUUCUUGGUGGCGCGUUAUGUUCAGGAACACCAGUUCUUUUCACGAAGAAUUUCGGGCUUGUCUCUAUCAUGCCGACAGAUUUUAUUUCGCAAGAUUUUAAUAUGAGUUGCUCCGAUAACGUAAGUCCAAGUACGGAGUACAAUUAUCGGCCAAGUUUGACCGCGCAGAACUUUACCAGUCUCAUUAGCAACGAAGAAGUCCAAGACAUGUUUUAUAGUUCAGAUAACGCUAUGCAAUUACGUGCUGCGUUCCUGCUUAGCCUACGACAAAAUAAAGCUCAAGGCGAAGAAAUAUUAUCGCAACUUUUUCCCUUGCAAGAAGAACCUGUGAUGGAUAUAGACGCCAAUCUCGAUACACUAAUCUUGAAAGUAGCUAAGGAUUUGAUAGACGAUUAUCCGGCGAACGAUCCACGAUGGUCGAACCACAGAGAUUUGUCAAUGACAAUAAACGCAGUUAUUUCUAUGCAAAUACCUAAUCAAUUAGAGGGGAAGCAGAAAGCUUUAGACUUAUUUAUUGCGUUUUUGAAAGAACAUAAUUUAUGGGACAGGUUCUGCGCAGUUACGUAUAGAGGAAUAAUCAUGUCUACGCCGCAUGUUCUUGGAGAAUACGCAGAGAAAAUAGUCGCAGCACUGACAAUAUACAGUCUUCAAAAUAGAUAUCCAGACAUCGUCGACACGAUAAUGGAGCAAACUUUAAGCCCUGAAGCGUACGUAUCUGAUGAAUUAACAGCACGCGAUAUUUUUUAUCGCGAAGUAAGUACCGUACAUCGAUUUCUCCCAACAUUAGUGAACAAUGCAUCGGAGAUAACUCAAUCUGAGAGGCCCAUUCAACAAGUAGCACAUUACAUAAUGCAAGUGAACGCUGUAUUAUUAGGCAUACUGAACGAAGUGGUCAAGUAUCGACAGCACAACGCUGAGCGCUUUGUUCCUACGAGUUGUUCGAAUGGUAUAACUGAGUAUCUUCCAUGGACGGCAGCAGUGGGAAAACAUGGAUUGAGGAAUUGUCUCACCACGAUGUAUAAUUUAACACUUAAGCAUGGGAUAACCGGAACUAACGACACGACUGUGAGGAAUGAAUUGUACGAACAAUUAGUCAGUUACAUAGACUUAAUAUUGGAUGGUAGAAAAUGUCAUUUGGAAAGUAUCAGAGGCACGGAGAAGUUCGAAAUACUUUUGAAGCAAUAUGAAACUGAUAGGAUGAACCUGAUCCAACCAUUAAUAAAAGAAGAGCAAUACGAUAGCGCUGCGAUGUUAGCCGAGAAGUAUUGCGACUUCGCAUCGCUUAUACAGAUAUGCGAGUUGACCAACAACAAAAAUCGCUUGGACGGGUACAUGAAAAAAUUCGCGGCUCAAGAUUUUGUAGGAUUUUUAUUCUCAUGGUAUGUGAAAGACGGUAGACAGGGUCAACUAGUAGAAAAAUGUAGACGCGAUGGUACAGUCGAGUUGUCGGAGAAAUUAGCGGAACAUCCAACCUUGUCGUGGGUGCAGUCUGCACUUACGGAUGAUUUGCGUUUUUCAGCUAACACGCUUCAUUCUUUAGCGAUUCAGGAAGUGGAAUUAGUAACGCGUAAAAAGUCUAUGCUUUCUUUAGCAAAAUUGGCUCUUCUCGCCUCAGACGAGCCUGAGGAACAGGUGAGAAAUUCCGUAAAGAGAAUCAAUAACGAAUUGUCUUUGGUAGCUCAUCAAGAAGAUUUACCAACACAAGUACUUAGAACGUACGGUUACGACGUAGAGAAAUUACGAGUGUUCUCAGCAACAGAAUUAAUCACGUUAUACACGUCCGAGGAUAACGUUGACGCCAACGAGUAUGAUUUCAAGAAAGCUCUAGAUUUACUUGAAUAUGUGGAACAAGAGGAUGAAAAGACGUCGCUAAAAUUACGAGUUUGGGCACGAGCCGCGAAACGAGAUCAAUGGGACACGGUGGAGAAGAGUCCCGAGCAACAAGUACAGGAAACGAUAUUUUUCAAACUGAUGGAUCUCGCACACUUCAUGGGUGGCGAUGUAAACGAAUUUCUCCCACCGGUUGAUGCGCUUCUAGUAGAGCCCGAAUUGGGAAGCCUCGCCGCAUCGAGCAAUUUUCAAUUUCUGAUCAAGUUCGUUUACGAGUACGCUUAUAGCAAUUAUUAAUCGACUGUAAGUAACAACAGAAUUUGUAUUUUUUUAAGUAAUAAAUAUAUUUCUAUGUACUGAAUUACAUUUAAAUAUGAAAGCGA